UCCUCUCGUUCCGCGGUUCAAGGAGAGGGCGCUUAAGCUCGGAAAUAAUCGGUGGUUGUCGGUAACAGUCGGAAGUACUCGGAGUUGCGUGGCGCGGCGUGGCGGUCGGGUAUCGCCGGCCAAACGCGAACGAUCAGUGAUGGCCGCGGGGCUGCUAAGGUUUAGGAGUAGGAGCCAUCGGAACGCCAUCCACAUUUUCUGAUCUUUCAACAACCUUGUUCGACUACUGCUUUAAAUUAUUUCAAAUAUUUCCAAUGCUUGUUAUUGCAUUGUGAGCUGCGUGUCAUUAUUCUCAAUGACGUUUGUGCAUGCAAUUAACGUUCGGAGAUUAAUUUAAAUGUAGUAGAAACGAGGAGGGUGUUUUCAACGUUGGAAAACCUUUUUUUUCGCUAUCUAACAAGUAUACAGGAAAGAAAAUGGCGGAAGAGGGUGCAGGAGGUUCGAGCAAUAGCAGUACAGGAGAAGCUAGCAGAUUGCAGCUUUUACAAGAAAUGAGACAACAAAAUUUUGACAGUAUACGAUUCGCUUCUUAUCGUACUGCUUGCAAGCUUAGAUUUAUUCAAAAGAAAGUUCACCUACACAAUGUAGACAUAUGGAAUGUGAUCGAAGCUUUUCGAGAAAACGGCCUAAAUACUCUAGAGCCGUCGAGUACUUUGGGAGUAUCUAGGCUAGAAACUCUCCUGUCUUCCUUAUUUCAUGCGCUUAACAAGAGGGUGCCGGUGUCUCAACAAGCUAAAGUCGACGCUACCACCGCUCUCUUGAUGAAUUGGCUCUUGGCAGCGUAUACCAGUGGGGAAAAUAAUAAGAUAUCCGUGUUUUCGGUGAAGGUGGCAUUGGCCACUUUGUGCGCUGGAAAACUCAUGGACAAAUUUCGAUAUAUAUUUUCACAAAUAUCUGACGGUAAUGGACACAUGAUACAUUGGAGGUUUGCUGAUUAUUUGAAAGAAGUUUUAGCAUUAACUGCAGCAGUAUACGAGUCACCAUCUUUUGGAUAUUCGGAGGGUUUAGCAAAUACCAUUUUUCCUCCUAAUUCAAAAGUAACGGUUAAUGAUUUUCUGGAUACUCUGAUGUCCGAUCCCGGUCCUCACUGUUUGAUCUGGCUCCCGUUAUAUCACAGAAUGGCUGCCGUUGAAACUGUGGCUCAUCCAAUCAUGUGCGAUGCCUGUCACAAGGAAAACUUCACCGGUUUCCGAUACAGAUGUCAAAAGUGUCAUUCUUAUCAACUAUGUCAGGAUUGUUUCUGGCGUGGUAAAGUUUCUGGGACACACAACAACGAUCACGAGACAAGAGAGUACAGUAGUUUUAAAUCACCGAGUAAACAAAUUGGCCAUUCGUUGCGCAAAAGCUUCAGAUGCGUUCCGGAAAAAGGAAAGAACAAUAUACCAAGAUUUCCUGAACAACCAGAAAAAACAUUGGACUUGUCGCACAUAGUCCCACCGUCGCCUUUACCAUCUCACAACGGUUUUCCAGAUCCAGGUUUCAUGGCACCGUUCGAUUCCGGAUCCAUGGAUAGCCGAUCAACCUUGAGAAGUAUGGAUAGUUCAAGACUGGACGACGAACAUAAAUUAAUAGCACGAUAUGCACAAAGGUUGGCACAAGAAGCUAGGACCAUGCCUCGUACAGCGUCCAGAAUGUCACAAGCUGACCAAUCGGGUAGAACACCGUCAGAUGCAAAUUUGGUAUCGUUGGAUGCAUCGAGGGCACAACGUGAACUUAUAUCGCAGUUAGAAGCGAAGAAUAAAGAAAUAAUGCGAGAAAUUGCAAGGUUAAGGAGACAACAAGAGAUAGAAGCUGCAGGAUUGGAGAAUCCUGCAUUAAUGUCUGAAUUGAGAGCUUUGAGACAAAGGAAGGACGAAUUGGAGACACAUUUGGCAACUUUGCAAGAUUCCAGGAGACAAUUAAUGGUUCAAUUAGAAGGACUUAUGAAAAUGUUGAAGAAUCAUCAAGCGUCUCCUAGAUCAACGCCAAACAGUUCACCGAGGAGUACAAAAUCACCUCCUUUACCACCUGGUACAGUGACAAGUAGCAGAUCAGCCCCAGCAACACCUGGUGGAACAUUGUCAACUACUCCCCAACAGCAACAGCAACAACCACAACAACAACAACAACAACAACAACAACAACAACAACAGCAGCAACAACAACAGCAACAGCAGCAACAACAACAGCAACAACAAAAUUCACAAAAUCAAAUUUCACAAAGCUACCAGACUUCUGUACCAACGACAUCUGUACCAAACAUGGCGGGCAGUGCUAUGCUUGGGACAAUUCAGAAUCCUAUUCCAGAUAGUCUUUCGUGUGUUGGAGGCGACGUAAGGUCUGCGUUCAGGACAAACAGCCUGCCAGGAAGCGGUUCAAGCAGUGCGAAUAAUAGUUUGGGCCGAUCAUUAAGGAACGAUCUGUUGGUAGCUGCCGACAGUGUUACCAAUGCGAUGUCAACCUUGGUCAGGGAAUUAAAUUCAGGUAUGUUUAUUGAACAAAAUGUAAUGCGACAAACAAAUUUUAUUGCGAACUUUAAAUCUUAUAAGAACGAAUGAAAUA